CGAGGCGGGGCCGCCGGGGCUGCUGAGGGGAACGGGCGGCGGCGGCGGGGACCCUCCUGCUCCCCGGCCGGGCCGUUCCAGCGGGCGCCGGCGGCCGGCGGAGCAGCGAGGCAUGUCCGCCGCGGCGUAACUUCGGAAUGAAACGAAGCAGAUCAGCUCUGUAAAGCAAGAUGUAUUGGCAAAUCAUUCUGACCAUGUUUGUGCUAUUGGAUACCUUUGCCUUUAUAUUUGCAGACUUUCUUCAAAUGGCAGUUGCCCGUUGUAUGGUCCAUCAGAUUCCUCCCAGGAACUUUACGUUACCCUGUAUGGUGCUAAAUGAGACAUUUUUGCGGCCUUUCUCUGGUGAAGCUGUAGAGAGUUGGUCUGGUUUGAGGAGGGAGCAUGGAGCAUCUGAAACCAAGCCUCCCUUGCUAAUGAAUGAAGAAAGUUUUCUGUGUUGCCUUUGGAGUGAUAACAACAUUGAUUGUUCUUUGUACAGAGCAAGCAUGCGAGCAAGGAAGUUUAUUUCUUCAGAUAUAAGUAUCUCUGCUUCUCAGGAAAUAGAUUCAAAUUGGAACAUUGAAUGUUGGAUUAAAGGCAAGCUGGACCUGUUAGUUUGUAGCCUGCGGUUUUUGAAGUUGUACUUGGGAGCCGACUUGAAGGUUAAUCUUUUAUAUACUGUAUCAGAGCUGUCACUGGGAGAUGUAUCUACGAGCUCUCUAAAGGGGACUGUCAUGGUUGCUCAGUGUGACUGUAGUGAGUAUGACGAGUGUGAGUGCUGGCUGCCUUCUCCGAGACUCAACUACACUUACAUUAUGUGGAUGAAGAUGAUGAUUGGCGUAACACCUCUGUGGUCACCUUUGAUGUCAGUCAAGCCCAUAGACAUAGUAAAGCCUGAACCUCCUUUGAACCUGCAUCUAGAAAUGACAGGGAAAGGUCAACUGAAGAUCUGCUGGUCCGACCCUGUGCUGAUGCCAUACCCACUCCAGUAUGAAGUGAAGAUCUCUGCAAGUUCAGGUCAAAACGGUUGGCAGAUGGUUCAAGUUGCUCUAGAAACCUCACUGGCCAUAGAAAACACUCUACUUGAUUCUUCACACUUAGUUCAAGUGCGGUGCAGGAAUCAUCAUGGUCCAGGGUUCUGGAGUGACUGGAGCACACCGUAUAACUUGGGAGCUGAAGUUCUGUACUUCCCUCCUAAGAUACUGACCAGUGUUGGUUCUAACGUUUCCUUUCAUUGCAUCUAUAAAAACAAAACCAAGAUUGUAGUGUCCAAGAAGAUUGUUUGGUGGUUGAAUUUAGCAGAAGAAAUCCCAGAAAGUCAGUAUACGCUUGUGAAUGAUCGCGUAAGCAAAGUUACUCUUUUCAACUUGAAAGCAACAAAACCUAGAGGAAGUUUCUUCUAUAACGCAUUAUACUGUUGUCAUCAAAAUAGGGAAUGUCAUCAUAGAUACGCUGAAUUAUAUGUAGUAGAUGUGAAUACUAAUAUCACAUGUGAAACGGAUGGGUACUUAACUAAAAUGACUUGCAGAUGGUCUGCAAACCCAAACACAUUGCUCCUGGGGAGUUCCUUGCAGUUAAGAUACUACAGGAGCAGAAUUUAUUGUUCUGACUUUCCAAGUACUUCUCCAAAAUCAGAGGUGAAGGAAUGCCAUUUACAGAAGAAUCAUUCUUAUGAGUGCAUGUUUCAGCCUAUUUUUCUUUUAUCUGGAUAUACCAUGUGGAUAGAGUUUAAGCACUUACUAGGAACACUUGAAUCCUCACCAACUUGUGUCGUUCCAGCGGAUGUGGUGAAGCCGCUUCCUCCUUCCAACGUUAAAGUAGAAAUCACCAGGGAUGUUGGGCUGCUCAACGUGAGCUGGACAAACCCAGUAUUUACAAACAAUGAUCUUAAAUUUCAGAUUCGGUAUGCUGUGAACAGGAAAGAAAUUACAUGGGAGCUUUAUGAAGUUUCGAAUGCACCCAGAUCAGCUGUGAUAAAAGUUCAGAAACUUUGCGUUGAAUAUGUUGUUCAGGUCCGGUGCAGAGAACUGGAUGGAUCAGGUUACUGGAGCAACUGGAGCAGAUCAGCCUAUACGCUUGUAAAAGAUAUCAAAGCUCCCUUACAAGGCCCUGAUUUUUGGAGAAUUAUUAUUGAAGAUCCAGCAAGGAGGCUGAAGAAUGUUACGCUCCUGUGGAAGCCACUGAUGAAGAAUCACUCACUCUGCAGUGUGAGCCGAUACAUUAUAAAGCAUCAGACAUCAGGAAACACCACAUGGUCAGAAUAUGUUGACAAUGGCACUACCUGUUCAUUUCCAUGGACUGAAGACACACAUACCAUUACGCUUUUAGCCAUGAAUUCAAUUGGAGUUUCUUCAAUUAAUUUUAAUUUAACUCUAUCACAGCAAAUGAGCACAGUGAGCAUUGUGGAGUCGCUUAGCGCUUACCCAGUGAACAGCACUUGUGUGAUAUUGAUUUGGACGCUUUCACCUCAUAUAUACGUGAUAACAUCUUUUAUUAUUGAGUGGAAGAACCUUAACAAAGAGGAGGAGAUGAAAUGGGUGCGAGUUCCUCCAAAUAUUAGUAAAUAUUAUAUUUAUGAUCACUUUAUUCUGAUUGAGAAGUACCAGUUCAGCCUGUACCCUGUGUUUGCUGGAGGGGUUGGCAAAUCCAGAGCAACGGAUCAGUUUACCAAAGGUGGAUAUGAAAAUGAGAAUAAUGCCAGCCUCUAUGUGGUUCUGCCAAUAAUUAUUUCAACCUCGGUUUUGUUGCUUGGAGCAUUGCUGGUUUCGCACCAAAGAAUGAAGAAACUGUUUUGGGAAGAUGUUCCAAACCCCAAGAAUUGCUCCUGGGCACAAGGAGUUAAUUUUCAGAAGCCUGAAACUUUUGAGCAUCUUUUUAUCAAGCACCGCGAAGCAAUGUCAUUUGAGCCUCUUCUUCUGGAACCAGAAAUAGUGCUGGAGAACAUCAGUGUUACUAAAGCAUUGAAAAAAGAAGACACACAAGAUUUUUUAGUAAUUGACUCCAUGUUUACAAAAAUUCAAGACUCUGAACAUGACUCUGCUUGCUCUAGCAGCCAUUUCAGUAGUAGCAGCUUCUCCGAGAGCUCCCACGAUGACCAAAUCAGUGGAGAAAUUACAAGGCAGUCCAAUAUUAAAUAUGCUACAAUUAUUAGUAACUCCGGAUCAAGUGGGCUUUAUGAACAGAAAGUGAAUCUAAGAAGUUGUUUUGAUAGAUGCUUCCUAGCUGAGGAUUCCUUAGGCACCUUCUCAAGCAGUUCUUGGGAGGUGGGAAACGGGGCAUUCCUCAUAUUACCCGAUCCGCCUGGCCGGCAGCCCAGCAAGACUCUUUCCCUUUCCCUUAUUUCUUCAGAGGGAUUCUCAGAGCCUUCAGAUCAGGAUGACACUUUCACAGAUGGAGACAGUCCUGAGCGGAGCCUGUACUACCUAGGGAUAACAUCACUGGAAAAAAGAGAAAAUGAGGUUUUUUUAACAGAAGGUUCCGGGGUGAUGUGUCAGUUCCAUACAACUGAUCUACUGAAAGAUGCGGGGUUUCUUCAGCUAACGCCUCCUAAUUUAAAUGCGUUUAUCCAAAGUAGCCUUAAGUAUAAAGCCAUUGUGCCCUACAUGCCGCAAUUUCAGAUGACUGCUGCCAAGGUGCAAGAGACCACAAAGAAGAACUCUUAAGUCACCGUACCGUAAUUUGAUACUCUUAAUGUUUGGGUUUUUAGGUGUUGCUACGUUCCCCUGUUUUUCCCUCUCCUGACUUCUUUCAGGAGCUCUCCUGUUUUGAAGCUGGGUUACUGGUUCUAUAUUUGAGUGCCAGGAUUUCAGUAGAAAGAAAUUCUAUUUCUUGACCUAAUUGUCAAAUGUGAGGCCUUCCUUUAGAGAUUUGAUUGCUGCCAAAUUAUCUGUUGUUGGUGCCUGUUAGGUGUAUGUCUGAGCACCCCGGUGAAGAACUGCACUUGAAAUUGGACUCCGUGCCGUACCCGUGGAGGUGAGAGGAUGGGAUGUGAUCCGGAUGCUGCCUCUGCUGACGCUCAGUCCGCAGGCUCCAUGCUGGGCUGUGGUCUGUCCCCAGGGCAGAGCCGUCCACAGGUCUGUAGCCCCAGCUGGCUACCACGAACCUACACGGUCACCACAUUGCUGGUCUGCAGGCAGAGCACAGCACCACCUUCCAGUGGAGAUAAGAGACUCUUCCUCCAGCUGGGGGGAGGUGGAGGAAGUCGGGGCUUUUGCAGGCCUUGCUGUGGAGAUUCCCAAACGCUCCUCAAGGGCUGGGAAGGAUUCGAGCAACACACACAAAAGCUCCUUUUUCGUGCAUUUACAAAGUGUCCCUUCGCAGUCCCGAUGUGGAUUGCACCCAGUUCUGUAGCAGUGGGCUUCUUCCAAUUUAUCGUUGUCCAACACGACCAUGUUUUCCACAGGGGUGAGCACAGUGUGUCUGUUGGCACUACAGACCCAGACACACGUUUCUUCUCUCUGGUCAGGAGUAAAGUAUCUCUUCUCUUCAAACACGUCAGCAAACUGUGUGUUGAAAGAGCUUGUUCUUGUUUUAGGGUUUGCCUGGGGACCCCAAGGGCAAGACAUAAAGGAGUGACAUAAUAUGUAGAUUGAAAUACGUACACAUGCUGGUUUUGGGGGGAAAGGCUUGAACGGGUCGUUUCGCUGGGAAUGAUUUGGGACACUGUGUGCUACAGACUGAGUCGACCUGGAUGCCAUGUGAACCCUGGACGCUCACAAAGACCACCAGGUUAUGGUGUAUCGGUGUCCACUUGGACUGGUGGUAAAAGGAGGCACUGUAAAAAUACCGGAUGUAUUUGUUAGUCUUUUGUUGUUUUUUUUUUCUCCAAAAUCCUAAUGUAUUUAUUGCUUAGCUGACAUCCGCGUUAAAUUGAGCCUGUGAAUACACAGAUGGCCCACAUGAAAAAGCAGUCGGAACGCUGUAUUUCAGGUGUUGAAAGGGAGGCCCUGACCAAUGGCAGCAAAUGUAGCUGCUGUUCCGGGGUGUCUUUUAUAAGAAAGUAAAUUGAAAAUAUUCAGCAGUAGCAUCAAAGAGCUUAAGAGAAACUGUGAGGCCAGAGCCGUGCUGAAGAGUGCAUCAGAGUAUAAAACACUCCCUGCAGAAGUGGCGGUUCCAAUAGCUAAAGGCUUACGGUACUGCAGGAAGAGGAAGAGAAUCAAAAUUCUCAUGGUGUGGGGGGUUAUCUGGAUAAAAUUAUGUACUUGGAAGGAAAAUAUCCCUAUUUUUGUUGUUGAAAAUGAGAUUCUAGUACAAAUGGUACUGCCAUAAAACUAACGUCUCUUCCGAAGCCCUUUCCUAAGAUCCCCCAGUAGAAAAGGCAGUAAUUUGACCCAAGGAUCGUGUAUUUUUGAUCUUCGGUGAGCUAAGCUGCCUGUACAGGCUUGGAGAAGUCAGUUUGCCUUCACAAGCCCGGCUCCGCUCGGCUGAAAACCUGCAGAUGGGAGGAAAAUUACAUCUUGCAUCUCUGCUGUAUUUUCUGGGAUAAGCAGGUAAAGAAAACCACACUUAUUUGCAAGCGAAAUAUAUUUUUUCUACUUCAUAGUUAGUAAAUAUUUUUGUAUAUGUGCCUUUUCAAAGAACUAUUUUGAGGAGCUAAGAAAGAUGAAUAUAUUGUGUAUUCCAAAGCUAAAUUUCUGUAAAACUUAGAUAGGCAAUUAAAAACAGAAGGGCAGACCCCAGCAACAAUAGUAGAUGGUAGGAGAGGUGUGGAAACGCUUUAAUAUAUUAGUGAUAAGAAAUCCUAUAGAGCAAAAGGGACCAAAGCAAGUAUUUAUCUGCACUUUGAAUUUAAGACAAGCUUUACCAAAAAACCCCACCGCUUUUUCUCAAACUAGCUGCUAACCUGGCUCUUGCUGGGUGUCUCUGUUUCUGGAUGUUGAAUAUGACACAAAUGUAAUGUACUUGUUUCAAAAAUACUGUGUGUGGCGGGGGCAAUUAAAACAUGUUUUGUGUAAGUGUCCAAAGCUCCUUGUCACUUGAAAAUGUGAUUGAAGGCUGCAGGGACAAACCUGAAGUCUUGAAAAUGUUCCUGUAGAGUUCCAGGAGUAAAGCUGUGAUUAGCACCCCGGUGAAUGCUAAACUUAGAAUUCAUCUGAAAUAAGAAAUUCACUCCUGCCAGCACGUGAACUUGAUGUGGCGAAACCUCCAGGGCCCUGGAAGUGCCACAAGGACAGACUCAGGUGCUGGAUUCUGCCUCUCCUGACGGUUUGUCCACCAGGUCCAACAUCCCCUGGAGUCUGAAGAUGCGGCAAGGCUAGCGUAGGUGGGUGCCCCACCAGCCCCCCCAGCCAACGCCACAGGGGUCCCCUAAAUUUGGGGUGGAAGAGCUGGAUUCCUGCACGUCAGCCUUCUCCUCUUGCUACCCUGGUCUGCAGGGGUAACGUGACCUAUUGAGACGUGGUUUUGUGCCAGAUCCAUAGUAUAAUUGUGUCACCUUCUCUCCGGAGGAGAGAUUCCCCUCCCGGUGCCCCGCAGCAUACCCGUCUGCGGAAACUCCGUGCUCUUGGGAAGUGGAAAGGGCAGCGCGGUUCUCUGUAGACUGGAAUAAUAAAUGCGUGGCUCAUCAUGAGGUUUGGAUAUCUUUCAUUACAGUGUCCAGAAAAAUUAAUUAGUUGAGUUUGGAGAUGGUCUUUCUCAAGAAAUUAAAAGCUCCCGUUGAUUUUACCGUACAAAGUCCUCAUCCAGUAGCUCUGUAAGGACAGGAGUACCAUUAACCCUGGGAACGAUCAGCUGAGUGACCCAGUGAAGGCUUUCCUGGGAACAUGGGGAAAUGCCGGAGUUAUUCAUCUGUCCCUCGUGCAGGACCCCGACGUGCCUCAGCGCUGACGGCGGGAGAGCGUUUGCAGCCUGGACUCGCUGGGAUUCCUGCAGCUGUGCUCGAGGGUUGCUGCGUGAAAAAACUACUGCAGAACGCCUCCCCUUGAUGGGAUUUGGGAGAUACCCAGGUAUCGCCGCCUUUGGGAGUCUGCCCGCUCCUCCUGGGUGAUUCUGCCAUCCCAAUUGUGGUCUUUUCCUAAUGGCCACAGCAUGUGGUGCUCCUUAGAAACACAGGUCGACAGGGUAUUUACAAACAUCCCUGCUCUGAAUGUAAGAAAUGCUGUAAAUAUUAGCUGAUCUCUUCUGCUUCAGCAGAAAGAAAAUAUUUGAAGUAUGAUUACUGUAGAACCAAGCCAUUGAAUCCCUUACUGUAGGUGUGCCUUUUCUGAAGCAACCUCCAUGCACGUCUCCAGUCCCCGAGUUUCUGCUAGUGCAGGUAAGCCCAGGUCCCGACCCACAGUGAAGGGCUCACCACGGCUGUAGGGGUUUAGUCAAUGAAUACUCCCUAAAACUGGCUCUCAGGCUGGCAUUUUCAUCCCUGUCGAAUGGACAUUCAAUCCCGCUCUUCAACUUUCCUCGCUCUUGUAUAAAGCCAAAAUCUGCAUAUCCUGAAUCCACCAUCUGCUGCCGUCUGCCUCUGCCCUGGUCUCCGGUUACGCUCCCGCGGGCAGCAGCUGCCUUUGGGAGAAGAAAUUAAGAGCUGGGGUCAGUUACCGUGUUCUUUUCUCACCAUUCUUUUUCCCCCCACAACUUCAGAAUACUUCCCGUGCCGGGGGGAUAAGUGUUUUAUUCCGUGUUUACAGUGGUCUCCUCCUUUCACAGGGCAGCCGCUACACGAGCUUUAUGCAGGAGCAAAAUCUCCUCUGCUUAUCCUGGGUGAGACAGCGCCGGGCAGGUACGGUGCCUGGGCAGAGGCAUUUCCUAAGGUAAUUUUGGAGGGUUGUUUUCCCUAAGGAAGGAGGCGGCGCUCCUGCCUUCUCUCGGUGGCUUCGUGCCUGGCGCCGUGUCAGGAGAAGGGCAGGGGCAGCGGGUGGGCUCCUGCCUGCCCGGCUGCCCGUGCCAGCAGCUGGGCUUCCUACCGGGGUCGGGUUUUGGUCCCUGGAGACCUGAGGCUCAGUUCCCCUCUGACGCACUGGAGACACGCUCCAGCCCGGCAACGGAGUUUUGUUUGUGCCUGUAGUGAGUUGGAGUGUUGAUUCUGAAGAGCAGGUACGUCAUUUUUAAGUACGCAGGAACUCUAAACGCUGUACAGGAAUUGUAUCGGCAAGCACGAGCCCUUUCAGGCACAUUUCUUGUGAAAGCCAGUGAAAUUUAAAUGUGCUGUUUCCCAUUUAGAAUUGAAGUCAUCAGAGGUGAACAACUGCAGAGGGAACUGAGCUUCUGUAUUAAUCUCCCGAGGAAAAUCUUUUCUGACAGCUGAGCUGUUGUGGCCGGAAUAGGAGGUACCACUGAGCUUCCCCCCCAUUGCGGAAUCAUAGGAUCACAGCAUGGUUUGGGCUGGAAGGGACCUUAAAGGCCACCCAGCGGCACCCCCUGCCCUGGGCAGGGACACCUCCCACCAGCCCAGGUUGCUCCAAGCCCCGGCCAACCUGGCCUUGAACCCCUCCAGGGAUGGGGCAGCCACAGCUUCUCUGGGCAACCUGGGCCAGGGGCUCACCACCCUCACAGCCAAGAAUUUCUGCCUCACGUCUCAUCUCAGUCUCCCCUCUGUCAGUGUAAAACCC